UCGGACGGAUAACGCGUUUGGAAAAGUCGCCUCGCGUUGGUGGAGGCGUCGCGGCGUGUUUUCUUUUUUCGGUGGUUCGCCGCAGUGUUUUUCGGUUUUUUCAAUUGUUCGCGGGGAAGGAUAAUCAGUUUCGUGAAGAAGGAUUUCCUCCUGGUCGGCUUUUGGGAAAAUUCAGGAAGUGCACGUUUUAUGGAAAACAUAUAAAGAGGCCUUCCAAAUCGACUGCGAAGAUGUAACUAAGUUCAUGAUGAUCGCUACGGUAUCUGUGAUAAAUACUAGUGUUUAAAGUGGAUAAGAAAAUGUUACAACAAAUUGUGAAUUGAAGAAAAAAAACGACCCUCUGCUUGCAAAUUGCAAAAAUAAGAGUGAAGUGCUCUAAAGUGUUCAAUGAAAGUAGUUUUCCAAAAAGUGUCCCAACAAUGCAUGUCAGUGGUUUGAUAACGAUUCUGGGAAUUGCUGUGACUGCAAGCAACUGUCUGGAAGAGGGAAACCUUCACCAGUGUGAUGGUCAGCUGGAACAGUGUUCAUUAAACGACAGACAAAGUUCCAAUUCCCAAGAAAAUAAUGGAACCAAGAAAAAGUCCCCCACCAGUUGGAGCUUCCUGUUGGGGGGAAACAGAACACUGCCCGGAAGUGUAAAUCUGAGCGACAUCAAUGAGUACAACGUUAUCAGUCGAGUGAAGCGCCGAAUUGAUGCCGAAAUUGCCACCAACGAUAGUUUUGCGGAAAACGAGGACAGCUUGAAAAUUGCCGCCCAUGAAGCAGAAUUUGUCUCCCAGUUGAGCGCCAAGUUCUUCUCGGUCCAUUCACCGUUCAAUCCGGCCUACAGCAGCCAAGUUUCGGAGACAUGCAAACGUUCAUCCAAGGCGUAUCUUCAGGCCCUUCAAUCCCUGGAAAUGUGGGCGCUCCGGAUGCACGACGCCAGCGGGAAACUUACCUCCGGGAUCCUGAAUGGGAACAUCAAUCAGUACGGAGACUACGAUCAGUGUGUCGCGAUUCGAGCUGCUGCAGCGAAAGGAGAUUCCGAGGAAGGCCAUGAAGGGGAGACAGUUGAUCCGCUGCAAGGUCGCUACUGUUUGGCCGGGAUUCAGCCAACGGUUGCGGUGCCAGAUACCGUUCUGUUGAAGCAUCUCUACAAUCUGGUCCAGUCCCACGGGAUGAUCAAGAGCCAGCUGGAUGAUCCCGGCCAUCGAGUGCCCCGCUUUUCCACCAUCAAUUGGGCCCUGUGCGUCCCGGCCGGUUGCAGUGCCCAGGACAUCCAGCUGUCGCUGAGGGAAUUCCUUCAGGACCUGGGCGAGGGCACCGGAGUCCAGCUGGACGUUGCCGUCGAGCCGGAACUGUGUGAAGUGAAAAACUCCAUCUGGACCCGCUACUUCACCGACAACACCCUGAAGGUGUGGUCCGGGUUCGUAGUCUAUCUGAUCGUUGUGCUUCUUUCGACGGCUUAUGAGUACAAAUCAACGAGGAAAAACAAAUGGUUGACCUCGUUCUCGCUGAUCAGGAAUACGCGUUCGAUCUUCUGCGUGAAGGAAGACCCCAACGAUGUGUCCUGCGUGCACGGGAUCCGUUUCCUAAAUGCUUUGCUGCUGGUGAUAGCUCACAAAUCGAUGGCUCUGUUCUUCAACCCGUACGUUAAUCGAACCGAUAUGAGCGAGACCUUAGGUCAACCAUGGACCGUUGUAGGUCGGGCAGCGUCGAUCUUUACCGAUCCCUUCAUUAUGUUCAGUGGGUUCCUGACGACCUACUCGCUGGUAGGUCGAUUGAUGCGAGGUCAACGCAUCCAGUUGCAUCAGGAGUUCCUGGGACGUAUUCUCCGGAUAGCUCCUCCCCUGGGGGCGCUGAUCCUGUUCUGUACCUUCGUGCUGCCCUUCCUGGGUAGUGGACCGCAGUGGAAUCUAGUCAUUACCAACCACGGUGAUAUCUGCAAGAAGUACUGGUGGCGGAAUAUGAUCUACAUUCACAACUACUUUGGGUUCAAAAACAUGUGCCUGACCCAUACGCAUCACGUGGGCAUCGAUACGGAGCUCUUUCUGGCUUCGCCGUUGUUCAUCUGGCUGAUCUGGAAGUGGCCCCGGAAGGGAGCGGCAGCCCUGGUGGUGCUGGCCCUGGUCACUACGGCGCACAGAUUCUACGUUACCUACAAGCUGCGGCUGUCCAACUACGUCUACUUUGGAACGUCAGUGAAGCAGCUAUUCGACACGGCCGAUCACAUGUACAUCCUGCCCUACCACCGGUUGACCGUCUACCUGAUGGGCGUCAUGCUGGGCUACGCGUGUCGCGUCUACAAAUCGACGCGCCUAACGCCGAACCAACUCCGGUGGGGUUGGUACGCCAGCUGGCUGCUGCUGAUGGUGGCCUUCUUCGGUCCGGCCCCGAUGGGCUCGAUGCACUACGUCUACGAUCCGCUGCACGCGGCAAAUUAUGCCGCCUUCUCGCCGAUCGCCUGGUGCAUUUUCUUCGCCUGGGCCGUCUUCACCUCGCAUCUGGGCUACCGAAACAAACUGACGGACCUAUUCUCCUGGCGAGGAUUCCGGGUGACGACCAAGAUCUCGUAUGCCGUCUAUCUGACGCAGUUUCCCAUCUUUUUCUACAACGUUGGUCGCGUGCGGAACGCACAAUUGUUCAACUUCAUCACCUCGGUUUUGUUCGAUUUCAACGAAUACGGUGUCAUCUUCAUAGCGUCCUUCUUGCUAACGGUACUUUUCGAAAGUCCGUUCAGCAACAUCAAGAAGCUGCUCUUCGACAACAAGCGAAGAGCUGCAGCUAAACAUCCUUCAACAACGACAACUCCUGUAAAUUCAACUGCCGAAAGCACCGAAGAAACAUCCGGUAAACAGGCCUUCGACAUCAACGAGAAUAGCAACAAAACGGUCCAUUACCAUCCUUCCGAUCAGGUCAAAGAUUUGAAUGAGUGAGUGAUUGGUGCGCCGCCGUGUUUCUUCCUGCCCUGCCCUCCUCAAUCUUCCAACUUCCCUGGUGGAUUGUUCGGUUUCGAAGUUCGAUUGAGUGAACAGCGAAAUAGUGUAGUAUGUACCUAUAAUUUAUUUAUACACUUCUUAACCCUUAAAACACGUGAAUUCUUACCAACUAGAAGAA